AUGGCCUUCGAACCCAUCGGUGAGCGACUUCUCCCGGAGUCCAGUUACCCGGAGUCGCGAGUCCUCGUUAUCAUGACCGGCGGCACUAUCUGCAUGCAGCCUACCGCCGAUGGACUCAAGCCUAUUGGAGGAUUUUUGAAGAAUGCCAUGGCCCCGCGCCCCUCAUUCAACGACAAGUCGUCGCCUUCCGUUCAACUCGAGGCCUACAAAGAUGGCCAGAAGGUGGUUCUCGACAGUUUGAGGACCCCGCCCAGCGCCUACUCUCGUCACAUCCGCUACGGCGUGCUGGAAUUCUCGCCUCUGCUGGACUCGAGCUCCAUUUCAGCUGAGGGCUGGACCGAAAUCGCCCAAACGAUCAGGGAGAACUAUCGUCUCUUUGAUGGCUUUGUCGUGCUACACGGCACCGACUCCCUGUCGUACACGGCCUCGGCUCUUUCUUUCAUGCUUUCUGACCUAGGCAAGCCGGUCAUUCUCACUGGUUCUCAGGCCUCUAUUUUUGCAUUGCAAUCAGACGCUGUAGACAACCUGCUGGGCUCGCUCAUUAUUGCAGGAACUUUCGUCAUCCCCGAGGUCGGCUUGUUCUUCCACCAUAAGUUGUUCCGCGGCAACAGAACAAGCAAGGUUUCUUCCGCUGCUUUCGAGGCUUUUGCCAGUCCCAACUGCGAGCCCCUGGCUAAGGUCAACGGACUUGGUAUUGAUGUUAACUGGCCUAUCGUGCUGAGGCCCACUAGAAUUGCUGAGCUCCAGGUUACCCAGCAUCUCGACACUGCCCACGUUGCCUGUCUGCGUGUCUUCCCUGGCAUCAGACCAGAGAUGUUGGACUCAGUCUUGCGUGUUCCUGACCUUCGUGGUCUGAUCCUGGAGACAUUCGGCAUGGGCAACGCACCAAGCGGCAUUGACGGCAGCUUGACCAAGGUCAUCAAGGCGGCGGUGGACCGCGGUGUAAUCGUUGUGAAUGUCAGCCAGUGCAUGAGCGGUUUCGUCUCACCGGUUUACGGACCUGGAACGGAACUCGGCCGUGCGGGCGUCAUCUUCGGCCUAGACCUUACGGCGGAGGCGGCCCUGACCAAGCUGUCCUACUUGCUCGCUGUCCCCAAUCUUUCGACGGCCGAAGUGAGCGCCCGGAUGUCCCAUUCGCUCCGUGGCGAAAUGACCGAAAUGGCUCUUCCGGUAUUUUCGCAUCCAUCUGGUUCACUCGACUCGGUCGUAGCGCGACUAACGGCGUCAGAAUCGGCAUUUACUGUCCUCGGCUACGCCAUACGGAACGGGGAUCUGAAGACGGUAAAGGAGAUCCUGGAUAACGACGGGCAGCACGAGCUCCUCAAGAUGGCCGACUACGCGGGCAAUACGGCGGUACAUCUCGCGGCUGUCGGGCCCGAGAUCAAGAUUCUGCGCGAACUGCUUACGAGGGGCGCCAGCGUGCACGCGCGGAACCGCGCCAACAACACGCCGCUGUACCUCGCAGAGAAGACGAACAACGAGGAAUGUGUCAGGUUGUUGAAGGAGACCGGUGCUCAUCUGUGGCAAGAUGAAGCAACCAUUUUGGAUUCGGUUCAAGCAUCUCAGGCUGCAUCCGGAGAAGGCGUUUAA